GUCCAAGCGCACGCGUCCCAUUUCCCGUCCAGCAGUGACUUGGGCCAGGUGUUUCUAAAUCCUUAAGCAUUGCAUCCGAAAGUAAGCAAAUUGGUUUAGUUUGUUAAAAUUUCGAUCCAAAAAAAGGUUUUGUUUUUCAGAACAAGGAAAAAAAGUGACGCUAUUCGCAGUGGGAGAGUUCCCUCGCUCAUCGAAACGCUGGCUCAACGACAGACGUGGUGCUGUGAUUUCGCGAAUGUUUGCCGCAGUGUAGGCAAUUUUGGAUGCUGCUGCUGCUGUAAAUUUGUGUCAUAAAUCGUAACAAAACACAGUUGCAAGAAGCAUGGAGCAGGCAAAGGCCAGAAGUGAUAAAAACCACGACCCAAGGCCACAGCAUGAAGAUGAGGUUGGAGAUGUGCCGCGGGUGCGAAAUUUGCUGCUACGCUCGAUGUGUGCCGUUUACCUGAUGGCUUUCGUGAGCUUCUAUUGUCAGGCGGAAGGACUGUACGGCGAUGGGGGCAUUCUGCCGGCGAGCCGCAUACUGGCAAACGGCACACUGAAGGAGCGGCUCAGCCUGCUCCAGCUCGCGCCCUUCGUCGGGCUGGGCCACGGUCACGAGGCAAUCGAUUUGCUGUGUCUGGUCGGCGCUACCGUCGCGUUCCUGGGGCUCAUCUCGCGCGCCCACUGCCGGCUGCUUAGCUUCAUCGUGAUGUGGUCGGUGUACUUCUCGCUCGUCCAGAUAGCGCAGUCCUUCCGCCAGCAAGCCGACCAUCUGCUGCUCGAGGCGGGCUUCCUGUGCAUACUGCUCGCGCCGACCCGGCUCACCGACCGGCGGCAUCCGAUGGAGGCGAUUGCGCUGCUGCUGCUCAAGUGGCUCGUGUUUCGGUUCAUGUUUGCGUCCGGCUCGGUGAAGCUGGCGAGCGGCUGCCCCCUCUGGUGGUCGCUGGACGGGCUGAAGCGCCACUACGAAACGAUGCCGCUGCCGACGUCGUACAGCUGGUACACGUACCAGCUGCCGGACGUGUUCCACCGGCUCAGCACGAUCUACGUGUACCUGAGCGAGCUGGUCGUGCCGUGGCUGUUCUUCGCACCGAGCCGGACCGUGCGCCGGUUCGCCGUCUGGUGGCACGUCUUUCUGCACCUAAACAUUAUCGGGUGCGGCAACUACGGCUUUCUGUCGCCGCUCGUGCUGACGCUGCUGGUCGCACUGCUGGACGACGAGGACGAGCUGGUCGUGUGGGUGCAGGACCGGCUGGCGGUGGACGACACGCGCCGACGUGCUGGCCGUGGAAGGACAGCGGCACGCCAAACGAACAGCACGGACGAUUCGGCCGACCGUUACGGUGGCCGACUGGUGAAAGCGAUCAGCCUGCUCAUGGUCGUCGGUUCGUGGCUGUGCUUCAGCGUGGGUGUGUCGAAGGACGACGGACAGCUUACCUUCCAGCCAACCUUCACCCAGGACCAGUACCUGAACGUGAUGCAGACGAUGAUACGGGCAGCGCCACUGCUCGUGUUUGUGCUGCUGGUCAAACAGUUCCUGAAGCUGCUCUCCUCCCAGGACAGUGUGGGCAGUUUGGCGGAAGGUAUGCGUCAGUUUUCGAAAAAUCUCGGCCUGCUCAUAUCGACAAUCGUCGCGUUUACCGUGUUCUUCAUGUCGAUUGUUCCACACUCGCGGCUGCUUCCGAGCACGGCCGUCACCUCGCCGGUGAUGACACGCGCCUACGGCGGCCUGCACAGCCUGUACGUGGUCAACCAGUACGGCCGCCACCUCACCAAGAUGCGCCCGAUGCGCCGGGAAAUCAUUCUCGAGUACGGGGACGAGCUGAACGGUACCUGGCACGAGUACGGCUUCCAGUACAAACCGUGGACGGUGGAGCGGGCUGCCUCGCUGCCGUACGGCUGGCUACACUUUCCGCGGUUCGACUUUAAGUUCUACGAUGCCGCCGGCUCCAAAUCGGACGCCCAGAAGUGGAUCUACCCGCUGGUGCAGCGGCUGCUCGACCAUCAGCAACCGGUGCUCGAUCUGCUCGACAGCCGGCACGUCCCAGCGGAAGCGCCGCGGUACGUGCGCACCUCGCUGUACCGGUUCGCGUACACUUCGUUCGCCGAUGCGGCCGCCGGAGGGUUUUGGACGCGCGAACGGCUUACCGACUACUUUAACGUGUUCUCCCGCGAGGAUGCGCAUCUGCGCGACAAGCUGAGGCAGAUGAACUUCCGCACGGCCGCCGAACAAUCGUCCAGCGGUGGUGGUUCGUGGAACUGGUUGCUCCGUUGGCUGCUGGAUGCGGUGCGUCGGUUUGUGGGUGCAAUAGAGGGCUCCUACUUGCUGAUAGGACUGUUCGUCGCCGCUGGGAUGGUGUUAUACACGCAGCAGCAACAGCAGCAGCAGCGAGUUGGUCAGUCGACUUAAUUGGAGUGGCACAAAACAACACAAAAAAAAGAAAUGCCAAAACGGUGUCAAUUGUAGUCAAAUUAUUAGCAACAACCCACACACACACACACAAACACACACAAA